GCUUCCUCUGUCGCCAUGGUACCGGCUCGGCCGGGCCUGGUGGUCGCUAUGGUAACUGGGGGCGGGUCGCAGGGUCUCGGCAGCGGGGCGCAUGCGCGCGGGGACUGCUGUGUGUGCCGCGCGGCCGCGGGCCCCUCAGCUCCCCUCGCUCCCUUCGACAUGGCGCUGAGGCGGCGGCCAGGACUCGGGCUCUGCGCCCGAUUACCCGACUUCUUCCUGGUGCUGCUUUUCAGGGGCUGCUUGAUAGAGGCGGUGAAUCUCAAGUCUAGCAACAGAACCCCAGUGGUACGGGAAUUGGAAAGUGUGGAACUGUCUUGUAUCAUUACGGAUUCGCAGACAAAUGACCCUAGGAUUGAAUGGAAGAAAAUUCAAGAUGACCAAACCACAUAUGUGUUUUUUGACAACAAAAUUCAGGGAGACUUGGCAGGUCGUGCAGAACUAUUGGGGAAAACUUCGCUGAAGAUCUGGAAUGUGACACGGACAGACUCAGCCCUUUAUCGCUGUGAGGUUGUUGCUCGAAACGACCGCAAAGAAAUUGAUGAGAUUGUCAUUGAGUUAACUGUGCAAGUGAAGCCAGUCAGCCCUAUCUGCAGAGUGCCGAAGGCUGUGCCCGUAGGCAAGACAGCGACACUGCACUGCCGGGAGAGCGAGGGCUACCCCCCGCCUCACUACAGCUGGUAUCGCAAUGACAUGCCGCUGCCGACAGAUUCCAGAGCCAAUCCCAGAUUUCGAAAUUCCUCAUUUCUCUUAAACUCUGCAACAGGCACUCUGGUUUUCAGUGCUGUUCACAAGGAGGACUCUGGGCAGUAUUACUGUAUUGCUUCUAAUGACGCAGGCUCAGCCAGGUGUGAAGAGCAGGAGAUGGAAGUCUAUGACCUGAACAUUGGCGGCAUUAUUGGUGGGGUUCUGGUUGUCCUUGCAGUACUGGCCCUGAUUACUUUGGGCAUCUGCUGUGCAUACAGACGUGGCUACUUCAUCAACAAUAAACAGGAUGGAGAAAGUUACAAGAACCCAGGGAAGCCAGAUGGAGUUAACUAUAUCAGGACAGAUGAAGAGGGCGACUUCAGACACAAGUCAUCAUUUGUGAUCUGAGACCUGGCGGUGUGGCCGAGAGAACAUGCAAAUACCUCUGCUAGAAACUCCUGUCAAGGGCCGCCACAAGCCGGGUGCACUUGGACAGAGCUAGACAGUCAUGCAGAAGCUUUUUGUUUUGGGCAAUAUUGACCACUAUUCCUUUCUUACUCUAACAAGUCACAUGAAUAAAAGAAUUUUCCUCAAGAUGGACACAGUAACCAUAAGGAAAAGAAACUGAACGUGUUCACUGAGUUGGAUUCCCGGUCUGCUGGUGGCCUGGUUCCCACAUAAGUAUUAGGGUGAUCUUAUAGCUCUGGUUCACAUAAACUCUCCUGUGCUGGGUGCUGUGGACCUGUGAAGCCAAUUUGUUUGCCACUGAUUGUUCACCGGCCAGGAUGAGCACCGUGUGAGGUGACGCGGUAGCAGUGUAGCCUCAGCAAUGUGAGUGACAGCAUGAAACCUGGUAGCCACAGAGUUUGCAUCAACGAAUCCAGAAAAGGCUUUUUACACAAUGACAUUGUUCCACUAGCCCACAGACCUUACUGCAGUUCCUUCUUACAGGCUCUGUUGAUCAGUGUUGUCGUGUCCAUCCUGGGGAAUCUUUUUGGAUCAGCAUUUUAUUAAAAAACAACCAAAAUCAAGAAGGUAAAUUGCUUGCUGAAAGAGGGAUCUUACCUGAGGAACCCUGCUUGUCCAGAAGGGUAUCAGGAUUUAAGGAAAACUUUUAUCUAAGGCUAAGUUAGAAAUGGUACUGAAAUAUGCUUUUCUAUGGGGUGGUGUUUAUUUUAUAAAAUUUUACAUUCUAAAUUUUUGCUAAGGAUGUAUUUUCAUUAUUGAAAAGAAAAUUCUAUUUAAAGUGUAAAUAGAUUGUCAUAUAAUGUUAAAUAACAUAUUUUUUUAAAUAAGUUCAACUACGGUCAAAGUUCCAAGCCACUAGUGUUAAAUUGGCAAAUAUCAGUAAUUAAGAAUAUUUUACCCAAUGGAGGCUUAUUAGAACAUUCCUUUUUCCACAUAUGGUUUAGCAUUUUUCACAAGAGAACUUAAUGCUGUUUAUCUACACAUCAGAUUGCUUAGGAAACCUUCAAAAAUUCCAGUUGAGCAAUGUUAAAAUUUUUGCAUCUCUCCAGAAGAAACCCAAGUAGCUCUAGGGUUAGCUUUGAACUGCCUUUUCCUGAGAUUACCAAAAUUACCUAUGUCUAGAGACCAUCCAGAAGCCAUUAGACGUACACACAAACCAUGUUGGUCAACUCCUAGGGUUGCACGAGUGCCACCACUCUAGAUCAGUACUGCCGCCUACCUUCCGAGUGCUGGGUAGAAUACUCACUGCCACCUUUAAAGCCUCGACUGUGGCUUUGUGUCCUGACUCGCUUUAAUGUGUCGUUCAGGUGCCCCGAGGCACUUGGUUUCCUUCAGGAGUUUGAAGGUGGAUACUUUAGAAAAGCUGGUGUCUUCCAUGUAGCAUCCCGACCUUUGGGUUCCUGUGACAGACCUCUUUUUGGUUGUGGAUGGCUCACAGAACAAAGCAGCUACUGCUGUUUGUUUUUAAAGUUCAUUUUAAUUAUUUGUGUAGUUCUUUAGUACUAUCCAGGGCCAAAGGCAAUUUUGAAAUAAAAUCUGUCAACUACAAUAAUACUUUUAAAAGAAAAUGAAUCCCACUGUUCUUCUUUGCCAUGCAGAAAGCACUGAGCACCGCAGGUUCUAACAUCUCCUUCCUAACAAACUGUCCUGUGGUGGCCAGGCUGGCCUUUUGGAGAAUGUCAGGUGGUGCAGCCUGAUGGGAAGUAAAAUGCCUGAAUCAAAAGCAGGUUUCUCAUUUUGAUUUUAAAUUUUUUAUCUACCGCAGACACUGCUCCCUUUGUGGGGGCCAUUAGAAACAUCAUCCAGAAGCCUUUGUUCUUCAAGAGCAGGGGAUGUUCUUAGCCCCAAAUACAUUGCUGUGCCAGACCCGUGAUGUGACAUGGUUUGAAGCAAGGAGUUUCUCAGGAGCACCUGGUUCCGCUGUGGGCCUGAAGGAUGGUUUUCAUGUAGGAGAUCCUAGUCACUUUGUGAUUCAGCUCUCAGUGUCUUAAUUUUUUAUACUUUGACAGUUUUUUUAAAAUUGAAUACUUGAGAUUAUGUUGACUUUUCUUUUUUAAGUUAUGUGAAAUACUUGGCUAUGAGACAUUUGGCAGAGCAGCAGGCACCUCUUCGGCAGUUGCUCAAUGCUACCUGUCUGCUUUUGCAUCUCAAAUGCUUAGAAUUAAGACUCUCCCUUCAUCGUUUCAUCUUGGUAGAAAGGGAUAGCUCCCCAAUCUAACUGUGGGGGAAUAACACUCUAGCCUCCUUGGUUGUCAUAGUGAUAGGGUAGCCUUAUUCCCUCCCUUUCUCAUAUCCUAAAACCUUUUACCCUUGUGCCAUGGGAACUGGGUCGGAUGAAGUAGAGAGAAGUGAAAAGUGGAGUCUGGGAAGUAGUUGCCUACGACUGUAAGACUGUAGAAGGAAAGAACACUCCUGUAUUGGAAGGAGUGACUAUACGAGGCUGUGACUCUGCCUUUGGUAUGGAUGCUGCUGUACAUAGAUGUUACAGACUUGUACUAACAUACUUGUCAUUUGGUAUUUGUUAAACCUCAUUUAUAAAAGCUUUAAAAAAUAUGUCAAACUUCA